AUGGAUGAAAGAACAAUCCUCAUAGUCGGCGCAGGCAUUUUCGGCGUCAGCACGGCUUACCAUCUCAGCCAGCGAGUUCCCGACCCCUCUCGUAUCAUCCUUUUGGACCGAGCUGCCCGGGACCCUCCGUCCAAUACGCUUGCAGCAUCCGCCGACAUCAACAAGAUCAUCCGCGCCGACUAUUCCAGUCCACUAUAUAUGGAAUUAGGCUUCGAGGCGAUUGAAGCUUGGCAGACGCUUCCGUUCUUCCAGUCUCAAAAUCCCGACGCAGAUCCAGAUGCAGGUGUUUACCACCAGUCCGGCUGGAUCGCUAUGGACGAGGAAGGGAGCAAUGUGGCGCACCGUAUCAGAGAGAAUUUCCUCGCUGGCAAGCAUGACAGCGUGAUUGUUGAUAUGGAGGAGGAUGAGGUUCGAAGGGCGUGGGGAGGUGUUCUGGAGAGGACGGAUUAUGCGCCAUUUGGAUCGUACUAUUUCAAUCGGUCUGCUGGGUGGGCUGAUGCGGGGAGGGCGCUAGAGCUUAUGCUGAGAAAGGCUUUGGAGCUGGGGAUCAGGUAUGAGACCGGAGAGGCGAGACAUCUUGUUUUGCUGGAGGGGGCAGGCGUCCUGGGAGUUGAAACCGAAGCUGGAAGUAUACUCCAGGCGGAUAAGGUUCUAUUGGCGACCGGGGCUUGGACGAGCAAGCUUAUGUCCUCACUUGAAGAUGCGCUGGGUAUUGAGCGUAAUGAUCGAGUCGAGAAUCAGAUCUCUGCUGCCGGCGUCUGCGUCGCUCAUUUCCAACUUUCUGAUGCGGAGAAAGAGGUGUAUUCGAAGCUGCCGGUGCUGGUCUAUGGCUGCCAAGGCGAGCUCAUUCCACCGACAUCCUCCGGAGUACUGAAAUUCACCAGCACUACCUCAUUCAAAAACACAGUUCGAACCGCGACUGGCCAUGAGAUCUCCGUUCCUGUAGAGGACCAGUCCUACGCCUCCAGAGGACUCCAAGAAGAUCUAAUAGCUGCCGUUCGUGCCCGUCUCCCCCAGCUCUUGGACAAUGACCGGAGACCAGAUUACUACCGGCUUUGCUGGGACGCGAUUUCCGCUAGCCAACACCCGCUGAUAACAGGACAUCCUGAUCCGCGGCUAGCAAACUUGUACUUCGCCGUUGGGGGGUCGUUUCAUUUCUACAAGUUUCUGCCAAUCAUUGGAAAGUAUGUGGUUAAUGUCCUGGAAGGCGUUGGAAAUGGACCAGCAAAGGAUACAGCGUGGUCAUGGAAGUCAGUAGAGGAGACUGGGUGUGGUGUCCAUGAGAGCCUGGUUCCUAGGAAGGAGCUCAGGGACUUUUUGUAG